CAUCUUUCAAUCGUCCAUCUGACCUCGUGCCUCGAACGCGACCAAGCAUGGGGUAAGAAGUCUUGAGCAUGCGGGCGUCAGUAGUACGGUUUACGGUAAGUCGCGACUAUCUUAUUGUUUUCAUGUGAUACUCUUUUCAUUCCUUGCUCUCCUCUCCUCGCCCGUCCUCUUUUCGUUGCUGGUUGUCUUGCUUGGAUUAUAUUGGAAGCGAUUCCGGCGGUGGCGACGGCAACAACAACAAGGACAGAGGCCCCAAAGAGUUCAGAUAUCUAAUCCGCGACCAUGGCAAUGGAUGGCGCCGGUGGCAUGGCGCUCUUGAAGAUCGUCGCUCCACAGAUUCCAGGUCUCGCAUAUGCAGCGCUUCGACACUCGUUCGGGUCUUCGCCGACCUCUGCCUACUGGGACCUCAGAACGGAGAUGACAGUCUCCUUCCUUCGGCGACUCAUCACAAGCAAAGGAGGAACUCCACCGCAGGUCGGCAAGAUGCAAGCCAUGAGUAAGCAAGAUCGACCAGUAAAAGGCAAGCUCUGGGUGGCAAAGUCGCAUUUUCCAAAGCCGGCCGAGGAUGAUGUCCAGCAACUGGUUUUGAAGGCUGUGCAAGACAUGAAAGAGGGUGAGGUCUCCUACACGAUACCUGGGUCAGCGGAUAUCCCCUUCGAGUGGACAGGAUAUCGGUCCGACGCGGCUGAGGACGAGCCAUUGCCCAAAAUCAGCGAGGAAGAGAAGUACAAGCGAUUGAUGAAGGAGCCUACACGAAGCAGCGCCACAACCAUUCUGUACUUUCACGGUGGAGCGUACUACCUUUGCGGUGCAUCAACGCAUCGAGGACUCUGCGCUGCGCUUGCCAAAGGUUGCAAAGGCCGUGUCGUCAGCGUCGAGUAUCGACUCGCGCCCCAGACGGCAUUCCCAGGACAACUCCUUGAUGCGUUCACAAGCUACCUCUCGCUGCUCUACCCUCCUCCUGGCUCGUUCCAUGGGGCCGUGCGUGCCGAAGAGAUAGUCCUUGGAGGUGACAGUGCUGGCGGAAACCUGUCUAUGGCGCUGCUGCAACUUCUUCUUCAGCUUCACCGAUCUGCAUCCGGCGUGCCUGUUGUCAAGUUCAAUGGCCGGGACGUCCACGUACCGCUUCCCGCUGGUGCGAGUGCCAACUCGGGCUGGCUAGACAUUACGCGGUCCUUCCCUAGCAUCAGUGGAAAUGCUGAGUUCGACUACCUGCCCGGUCCCAACAUGGACGACGCUGUCUCCGAAUUCCCUGCGGAUGACAUCUGGCCUACUAAUCCGCCUCGCGGCGACCUCUUCUGCGACUUGAGCCUAUUGGAUCACCCACUUGUUUCGCCUGUGGCCGCACCAGACUGGUCACAGUCGCCGCCAUUGUGGAUGUGCGCUGGUCGGGAGAUGUUGUACGACGAAGUCGUCUCGGUGGCGUCACGUGCCGCGCAACAGGGAGUCAAGGUUCAAUUUGAAAUGUAUGAGGCAAUGCCGCAUUGCUUCCAGUUGUUGAUGCCGUGGCGGGCCAACAGCGAGCGCUGCUUUACCGACUGGGGUGAAUUCGCACGGAGAUGUGUCGAGGAUCCGCAGAGUCUUAAAACAGUCGGUCGUGUUGUCAAGGCGAAAGGUGGACCGGACGAUAGCUUGGAUGUUGCUUCGCUGUCGAAUAUCGACUUGGCUGAGGCAAAGAGGCUGAUCAAGGAAGCCAAGAUUCGUCGAUUGAAAGGUUACGAGAAGGAGGGCAAGGCUAUGCCCAAGCCUUCAAUUUGAUCGCUUCCUGUCUGCACACUUUGUUGUAGAGGCGUAGCCGUCAACUUGCAUGUAGUACGGUACAGUGAAGUCGUGCUCUACUUAGUGACAAUCUUUUGUAAUCUUCGACGACACGAAUACAAAUCGGUUUCACUUCGAGGUCUACAUGUACAAUCACAUUAUUGAGGUGCAGUUCCAAAUUCUUCAUUAUUGGUGCAAUACUAUCAUCAUAACACAAGCUCGGUAUCAUUACAAAAGAAAUAUCUCUAUCAUAACAGUCGUGAUGCCCAUCUAGUCAUCAGUGGGCAGAC